AAUCGACGCCUUUCUUCGAUCUUCUUCACAGACGACACACCAUUGAUAAAUCUCCAUCGUAGAAAGUUUUAUCUAACUGUUUGAUCGAGCUGAUCAACGAUGAAAAUUGACAACGCUAGAGAAGAAAAGAAGAAAAAAGGACAGAAACGCAAGCACCAGCAGAAUGAUCAAGCUGAUAUGGAAAUGUUAAAACUUCGAGCUGCUCUAGAGGGAAAACAUAGAAGCAAUGGUUCUACUGUUUUAAAGUCUGCUAAAGCUCAAAAACGCCAGAAAUCAGAAGACUCAGAAGAUGAAUUUUACAGACAAGUGAAACAGAAACAAGAAGCUAAAAAAGCUGCCAAAGCAGAAAUCUAUUCAAGGAAACCAUAUUUGAUCCCGUCAUCGCCAGAUCUGGUGGAUGGAAGACGAUUGAUUUCAAAUCAGAUGGCUAGUAACAGAGGAUUGACCCGGAAACGCAACAAGGACCAUAAAAACCCGAGAAAGAAGUACCGGGAUCAGCACAAGAAAAUAGUCAUUAACCGCAAAGGACAGGUCAGAGAUAUCAGGACGCAAGUGGGUCCAUAUGCAGGAGAAACUCGCGGUAUCAAUCCCUACACAAGCCGCAGCAUCCGAAUCAAGAACUAA